CGUGCGUCGUCUGCUGUUCUGCGGUUGUGUGUAUUUGUUUGGGACCGGCUUGUGUUUGCGUUUCAAGUUCAUUUUGUGCCUUACUGGUUGAAAAAGACCAUUCGAGGUUGGCCAAGGUCCUGCGCCGAGGAGACUGUCUUCCCUUCCACUGCAGUACACUUGCCGGUCUUGUCAGAAUGACAUCGUGGGCCCUGUCGGGGAGGUUAGGGGUGUGGAGCAUUCUGCAACACUGUCGGCAGUACUCAAGGAGACUAAACCGAAACCCCAGAGCAUGGCAGGGAGCCAACGAACUGCAAGAAGACAGGGAAAAUGCCGCUUCUGACACUCACUCUUCAGUGUCCUUCGAAGGGUCUGGCAUUGCACAACAUGACCGUGUAGACGAGGAAGAAUCACGUCCCCUUGAUUACGAUUUCGAGAAAGCUCGCCUUCCUCCAGGAUUCCCUCCCUUCCACAAGAAGGGCAAGGACGACUCCGAUUUAAGUCGUCUGGCACUGGACACAUCUGGAGUGAAGCAGCGCCGCAAAUCAGGAUUGAUUAGGCUGGAAGGAAAACGUCUCAUCCAGGAAGCCUUUGAUGCACAGCUCCAUCCCAAAGGCUUGUUUUUUAGUCGGCUGCAAGAUGUUGUUUCUUUGCAGUUGCCGCCUCUUAUGUGCCUUUUCCAAAAAGUUACUUAUGAUAGGCUACAGCGCUGGUCAAAAGUAACAACAACUUCUGGACUGAUUGCAUUUUUUAAGAUGCCUGAUACAAGUCAGUUUAAAUCCAAUUCAUCAUUGCCAUUCUCUAUCAUUUGUGAUAAUGUUAGAGAUCCUGGCAAUCUAGGAAGCAUUAUAAGAAUAGCUGCAAGUGCUGGCUGUAAAAAAGUUCUUUUAACUCAAGGUUGUGUUGACUUAUGGAAUGAAAAGGUACUUCGAACAGCUAUGGGCUCUCAUUUUCAUCUGAAUAUUCAGCCAAACAUGAAAUGGGAUGCAAUCAAAGAAGAGCUUGAACCUGAAUCUUGUGUAAUGUUUGCUGAUAACAAAGGCUUUGCAUCAAGUCAACAAGAAGAGGUCGUUAACGAUGAUGGUAAUGAUGAGUCAGACUGUUUGAAGGAUCUUCCGACUUUUCCAUAUUACCAGGUUGCAUAUCCACAGAUAAGUAAUAUUUACUUAGUAGUCGGUGGCGAAACACAAGGCCUUUCUAAAGAUGCUUUAUCUUGUAAAGAAUCACAUAAAUGUUUUCGCGUAACCAUACCCAUGUUAAACAAAGUAGAAAGUCUUAAUGUUAGUUCUGCCUUAGCUAUUCUGACCCAUGAAAUCAAGCGUCAAUUUGAGUUGUUCGGAGAUAGUAACACAGUGUAACUAAUAUAUACUUGUACAUACUAUUGUUAAAGUUCCCACGUAAUAAACAUUUUUGGAAAGCUAUUAAAAUGUGACAAAAAA